AUGCCCGCUGUUCUCAGUGGUCGUGUCAUCAAUGGCCCCGUGUUCAGCGAUCUUCUCGGUCUCAAGGAGGUCCCUAAGCUUGACGUCGAGAAGUUCGGUACUUGUAACGUCCCUUCGUACGUCUUUGAUCCGUGCGACCUCCAGAAUGAGAGUCAGCAGAGAAAGGGCGUCAGGAUUGUCGCCUCCUUCCCCGCUAGCGGUGUUGUCCGGUAUGAAAACGUCCCUCCCGCUUGUUUGGACCUUUUUACCAUUAUCGGAGGUUCUUGCAACGUCGUCACCGUCCGCCCUACCUCCUGUGGUACGGCCUGCAUUCAGUGGGCUGGUCUGUCUGAUAAAGAGAUGGCCCUACUCAAGGACCCAAAGUACUGA